GAUGCUAGUAGCAGGCCACAUUCACCUCACUCUGUGCUUUGGGGACAAACUGAUCUUUAAUGUUUGAUGCAGCACAUCUCUUUUUUAGGAAUAUUAUUCAUUUGGGGAACCAGCAAGCAGUCUUUGAGUGUUGCCUUUCAAAAUGGCAAACAGUGGCUCUGACCAAUCACUUCCAGUAUCAUUGAUGACCAAUGAGGCCUUCACAGACCCAGGACCAGCAGAAGAAUGCCUUGCAGAAAGCAUGUCAGAAGCAUCUUCCCAUGACUCCUUCUAUGAUUCGUUAUCAGACCUGCAUGCGGAGUCUAUUGAUGGAGCUUUCCCAGAACUAUCUGCUUUUCUUAGUCAAGAUGAAAUAAAUAAGAGUCUUGAUAUUGCACGUGAAGCCUUUUCUGCCAUUUACACUAAGGAUCCAGUAGAUGAAAUUGAAUCAGUACCUUCUUCCAUAACACCAACAGAAAGUUCCUUUAAGGAACAUAACUUAAGUAAUCCUUCAUUGAAAAUACCCCCAAGACUCAAUAAAAUUGCAGCCACAAAGGCUUCCAGCAAUGGUAUUGCUUCAGAUGUUCGAAAUAUGAUAUCCCCACUUUUAACAACUAGUCCAAGUAUAAUACGUAUGCUGCAAUCUCAAAAGUCAUCAAAAAAGGCAGGGAAAUACAACAUAACUAAAAUAAAAAAUCCAAAUGCCAAACACAAAAUGGCAAAUAGUGAAGCUGGCUUCCAAAAUGAUAUGUGCAAAAAGGCAGCAAAUUUUAUUGAUGAACUCUCCUCAAUAUUUAGGGAAACAAGCAAAGCUAGAGACCGAAGAUCAAAUGGUGAUUCGUCUUCACCAGAUAGUGGUUAUUUGUCUCCAAAAAAGGAUACACCAAUUUCCAUUAGUUCUCCAGUAACUGAAUUUGAAAUUGAACCAAAAACAGAGGUAAAACCUAUGGAUAUUCCUCCCCAAAAAAUUCCAGAAGACAACUUUACAAAACCAACGAAUCAACCAGAGGAAAAAAAUACUCCAAACCAGGGUAAUAGUUCAUCUACUCCUUCAGCAGCUCGAUUUAUUCAGAAGCUUAGAAGUCAAGAAGUUGCUGAGGGCAGUAGAGUUCGACUGGAAUGUAGAGUGGCCGGAAACCCAACUCCAGAAGUACGGUGGUUCUGUGAAGGCAAAGAGCUACAUACCUCGCCUGACAUUCACAUCUCCUCUGAGAGCGACGGUCUCCACUCACUUGUCAUAGCAGAGGCCUUUGAAGAAGAUACAGGGCGGUACACGUGUGUGGCAUCAAAUUCUCUUGGCUCUGACAACUCUUCAGCUGAAGUAUUUGUCGAAGGUGCCAGUUCAUCGGAUUCAGAAACUGAAGAUUUGGCGUUUAAAACUAAACCAGGAGAAAUGCCACAGGCUCAAAAGAAAUCAACAUCUGUUUCCUUGACGAUAGGUCCGUCUUCUCCAAAAUGUGGAAUAAUAACUACAGUAAUGCAACCAAUAUCUAUGCCUGUUCAACAGAUUCAAAGUCCGACAUCAUACCUCUACCGUAAGGAAGGGCCAAAUGCCUUCUGUGCACCAACAAUCACAAAGGAGCUGCAGAACCUUACAGCAACUGAAGGACAGGUUGUGGUGCUAGAGUGCAGGGUGAAGGGAACACCUCCUGUAAAAGUCAGAUGGUUUAGACAAGGAGUUGAAAUUCAAGACUCGCCUGAUUUCAGAAUUCUUCAAAAAAAGCCUCGAUGUGCAUCGGAACCUGAGGAGAUCUGUACCCUUGUGAUAGCGGAGACAUUUCCAGAAGAUGCGGGAACCUUCACUUGUACAGCACAAAAUGACUAUGGAUCAGUGACCUCGAAUGCUCAGCUCACUGUUGUUUCUGCAAAUACUGAGCACACUGAUGAUGUCAAAAUUAGUGGUUAUGACCUCCGGCAGUUUUCAACUCUUUCUCCAACGCCAAAGAGUAAUUGUCAUGAAAUGCCUACAAAGAAUGCGUCAGAAUCCUUUCAGCCAAUCAAAGUGAACUCAAAACCAACGUUAGAAGAAAGCCAACUGCAGUUCAGUCCAGUGGAAAAGAAAAUCAAUGGUGUACAUACUUUCAAUGGGAUAAAUGGAGUCAAAAACAACACCGACACUAAAUAUAUUGCCGCCACAUCACCAACUAAGGAGCCACCACCCAUUCGUUCCAAACCAAAACUGGAUUCUCAGACAAUACAGCAACUUCAGAACCAGAUCCGUCUGGAGCAAGAGUGUGCUGCUUUACAACAGCAAGUCAAUCCGAACACACCACAAUCCCCAUCGUUCCCUCCUCCACCUUCCUUCCAGGAGCUGGAGGCCAGUCAAUUCUUCACUUCCCCAGUGCCAAUGAGUGUCCUUAACUCUCACAACUCUACGUCAAUGCAGCCAGCAAGCUCCUUCAACUAUGCUCGGCCUAAACAGUUUAUUGCUGCCCAGAACAUAACCCCUGGAUACAUGUCUCCAUCAUCAGGUUCCUCUACCUCUAGUCUCCCAUCACCAAUGUCACCAUCAGAAACCCAGAAACAAUUUAGCAGAGCUCCAGUGCCCCCUUUUUCUCAACCAUUUUCCCAUGAAGGAGAUCAGUUUUGGUCUCCAUCAUCAUCGUCUCCUCCACCGCCACCACCACCAGUGUUAAGCCCAACAGCAAAUUAUAAUGUUUCUGAUUCAUUUCCUUUGCCUCCCCCUCCACCGCCACUUCCAGUUUCUGCUCCAUCACCUACAUACAGUCCAUCUCCAUCUCCAACCAUGAAAGCUCCUAGUUCUAGUCACAGUCCUGCUGCCUUCCUCAGUGCCAUGUUGCCAUCCCAGCUCUCACCAGUUUCAUUUAAUGAGCUUGGUCUUCCAAAAGGAGUAAUGCCUCCUGGAUUUCCAAGGAAAACAGGCAGGACUGCCCGGAUAUCUUCAGAUGAAGAGAUACAGGGAACAAAGGAUGCAGUGAUACAGGAUCUGGAGAGAAAGCUUCGUUUCAAAGAUGAUCUUCUGAACAAUGGGCAGCCGAAAUUGACCUAUGAGGAGAAAAUGGCUCGUCGAUUGCUUGGAGCUGACAAUGUUGCAACAGUAUUUAACAUACAGGACCAAGAUGAGGAUGCAAAUACACUGGAAGUUUCCUCUCUUGAUGCUCCUGCAGAGAGUCCUAAUGAUUCCCAAAAGGAAUACAAAGUCUCCAGUUUUGAACAGAGACUCAUUAGUGAGAUUGAGUAUCGCCUGGAACGGGCUCCUGUAGAAGAAUCGGAUGAUGAAGUGGAACAUGGCGAUGAACCAGAGGAGAAUGACACACACCCUCAGUUUGAGACAAAACUGAAACAUUUCAAAAUAUUUGAAGGAAUGCCAGCCAUGUUUUCUUGCAAAGUUACUGGGAAUCCUAAGCCAAAGAUAUAUUGGUUCAAAGACGGGAAACAAAUCUCUAAAAGAAGUGAGCACUAUAGGAUCCAGAGGGAACCUGACGGGACCUGCUCCCUUCAUACAUCGGCCUCCGCCCUGGAUGAUGAUGGCAACUACACAAUUAUGGCUGCUAACCCACAGGGCAGAGUAAGUUGCACAGGAAGGCUGAUGGUACAGGCUGUGAACCAACGAGGUAGAAGCACUCGCACAUCAACAUCACAGCCUCAUGUUAGAAGACCUCGUUCUCGGUCCAGAGACAGUGGAGAUGAAAAUGAACCCAUCCAGGAAAGAUUCUUCCGUCCUCAUUUCUUGCAGGCUCCCGGUGAUCUUAUUGUUCAGGAAGGAAAGCUCUGUAGAAUGGAUUGCAAGGUUAGUGGGUUACCAACUCCUGAUCUGAGCUGGCAGGUGGAUGGCCGACCAAUCCGUCCAGAUAACUCUCACAAAAUGUUGGUGCGUGAGAACGGUGUGCACUCAUUGGUUAUUGAACCUGUGACAACAAGGGAUGCUGGAAUAUACACAUGUGUUGCCUCCAACCGUGCAGGACAAAAUUCAUUCAGCCUGGAGCUCAUUGUUGCUGCUAAAGAUGCCCACAAGCCUCCUGUGUUUGUAGAAAAGCUUCAGAAUACCGGAGUCGCUGAAGGUUACCCAGUGAGGCUGGAGUGUCGUGUUUCUGGAAUGCCCCCACCACAGAUAUUCUGGAAGAAAGAAAAUGAUUCACUCACUCACAACACAGACAGAGUCAGCAUGCACCAGGAUAACUAUGGCUACCUCUGCCUGCUUAUUCAAGGUGCUACUAAAGAAGAUGCUGGCUGGUACACAGUGUCAGCAAAGAAUGAAGCGGGUAUUGUGUCGUGCACUGCAAGACUUGAUGUUCACACUCAAUGGCAACAGCAGUCACAUGUCCCCAAGACAAGAAAGGUACGUCCAUCAGCCAGCAGAUACGCAGCACUUUCUGACCAAGGGUUGGACAUCAAAGCAGCUUUCCUGCCUGAAGCAAACCCUGUGCAUCUUCAGCCUGCACUUGUGGAGAGUGACGACUUGUAGAUUGGAUAUGUGGGACCUUUCUAAAGCUGCCACAGGAGCAAUACACUGAAAUACACCGUUGUUGCCUGUCAAUGUUCUCACAUUGUGUCAGAUGCCACCUUCAGCUGUACUAAUAGGGACAUGUUAAACUGCAUAUUAACUAUUUGUAUAAGUAAAUCUGAUGUAUUCGUGGCACCAAAGUAUCACUUACUGUAUGCUCUAAUGUAUAAAGUCUGCUGUUUAUGCUCAUACAUAAAUACCAAAAUCUCUGUAGGAAGCUUUCUGCCAUACACAGCGUGCCUUUAAUAAUGAGUAGGGUAAUAGUGUGAAAUGCUUGAAGUGCUUCAAACAUUAAAAAAUAAGAUCUUACAUUACAGCAUUGCCUAAAAAUACAUUUGGCACUAGCUGUGAAAUUCUAAAAUAUUUAGCAAAAAGUGAACCAGAAUGCAUUGUUUUGUGUAGUUUUUCCAAUCAGUUUAACAGUAAAAAUAAAUGUUUAAUGAACUCUGGGUUCGGCCAAUCAACAGAGAAAGCUCAUUCUGUGUAAUACAGAUGGAUAAAAUGUACCUCUGCUUCCAAUACAACUGUAUGGGUCUCUAUAAAGGGACUUGUAAGAUGAAACCUGAUAUCAUAUCUGUCAGAGCCCAUGCCAUGAUCUGCAUUUGUAACCGUUCCUAGAAUGUUCUAUGUUUAUUACCAUUUAAUGUUAUUAUCAAUUAUCUAGCUUUAUUUAAAGAGAAACUGACACUAACCCAAAAAUGUGGUCAAUAAAUAACCUCUGGAAGACAGAAGGGAAGUAGAAAAUGUUCCUCAUUAUAAGGUUUCAGCAAUUAGUUGCCCUAUAUGUUCAUUGAGGUGGUCUGCAGCCUUCUGACACCAAUAAAAUAGAUUCAUGACAGCGUCUGAGAUCGGAAUGAGGAAACACAAUGAAUUACAGGUCUGCCAGCAGCAGGAAUUGAGGAUACCGAGCACUGCCAUGAAAUGGUCUUGUCUGUGAAAGGGAACUUGUAUUAUAUGCAGUUUUGAAUAAGUAGGUUCUUGACUUACACAUAUUAGUUUAAAUGGUAUCAGAAUGAGCAAGUAGAAGAAUAGCGUCUAAUGUAGUAGAUGUCUAAAGUAAGUGAGAAUGAGGGAUUUGUGGGGGGUUUCUACCACUGUUUACAUGUUAGCUAUAUAGAUGUUUCUUCAAGUCUUUUAGACUAGAAUUAAUUUUAUCUCAAUAUGGUGGAACAUGUCCUGUGAAAGAGAAGAAUUUAUGUACCAGGUGUAAUAAACAGAGAUAAAGCAUCAGUAAAGAAACUCAAUUUGGAAACAUAAAAUCCCUAUAGCAUCAUUUUAUGGAUUGUUUAUCAAUAUGAUAUUUAUAGGUGUAGUAUCACUGGUGCAACAUGACCAGGGUUGAAUAAAUGACCAUAAAGUAUUAGAUGAGGAGAAAAACAUCAGGAUGCAUACAAGUGGUGUUAACUCUUUUCAGUUAAAAGAGGUUUUAAUCAAAAAAGUAUUUAUAGCUAACUAAAGAAUGGAAACAAGCUGCAAGCCCAUGUGUUUCGCAGUACGUUACUUGAGAACCUUAUCACUUUACAGCAGACUCUUGCACUUUGUAGUGUGUUUAAGCACCUCUAACAAAUGGAAUUCCAGAAUAAUACAGCAAAUACAUGACAACUCACAGAAACAAUCCUCUUGGUUAGCUACCUCUAAUAUUACAGCACUGCCAAUUUAUAGAGCAGUAAUGAAAUAAACUUGCCUUGUAGUGAAAUCUCCCAACGUAACCAAAACUAGCAGUCUUCACUACAAGAGAAAGCAAUUCUAAUAGCAGGAGCGACGUGUGGUGAGUAAGGGGAGAAUGGCUUCUCUGGCAAUUGUACACAAAAGGCCUGUGCUUGCAAUGCUUUUGUAUGAUACAAACUAUUAUCUUGUUUAUGCUGUCUGUUACAAUUAUCUCCAACAAAGCAAUAAACACACUGCAAUCUUUUGAUUGAAUCUACGGUUUUAUUUCAACCAAGAACAAAAAAACAAACAGAUGAGGAUUGUGGUGGUUAAUAAAAAAACAUCAUUAAUACUACGUACAUAAAAAUUACGCUUUUAGUUGCCUUAAUUUAAAUAUUGAUGGUACGACUGUACUCUGCCAAGAAAGGAAAACACUGUAUUCCUUGUACGAAGCACAUAUACCAAUUAUUAUUUAUAAUAAGUGUUGGCCUGUUUUAACUCAAACUACAUAUGUAUCUUAUUUUUUUUACACCUAUAUAACUCACUCAAUGUAUUGUGUAUUGCUUUAGGAAUAUACAUUAGUUGCUUGUUUUUGUUGUUGUUAUUUUUUAUAACUAGUCAAGUUAAUUCAUUUUGUCUUUUAUUUGUAGCAAAGCAUCAUAGUAUGGUUAUGGUGCUGACUUUAAAAAACAAAAACAAACGUUAUUGUCAAUGCAUAUUAUACUUAUUUACCGUAUGUAAGAAAACAAUGCCCAUGUUUACUAAGCAGUGCCAACAACGUAGCAUGACUGAAAGCAAAGUUUUCCUGCUAGCAUCAGAAAAUGUCUACUGUUAAACCACUGCUUAGUAAACAAGGGCUACAGUGCUUUCCUUGCUUUUAAGAACAGCUUGUUUUGUAUCAUCUGCCAAACACGUCUGUUAAUGUGACUUGUUAUUUAGGGAAUGGUUUAUUUUUGUCCACAUUAUUACGGUGCCAUUUAUCUGUAUUUAUAUGAAGUGCCACCGACUAUUCGAGUGGGUUAUGUAAUGGACUGAGACCAUCUGGGUUUAACACCAGCAUAUUUUAAGUAACAGGGACAAAGUAUUUUUUUUUUGUGGGGAAGGUUUUAUGUUAAUUGCUAUGCAAGGAUUUAAAUAAAACAAUGUUUCUUCAACAA